AUGGCCGGACAGAAGCAAUCCAAGCAGCCGUUUUGGCUUGGCGGAGCAGCGGCGUCCAUGGCAGUGUGCUUCACACACCCGUUAGAUCUCACGAAAUACCGAAUGCAAGUGCUCCAGACACGCGCACCCAUGCUUUCGACUCUAUACAAGUUCGCCACACGAGACGGCAUCAUCUCCCUCUGGUCUGGUCUCUCCGCCUCGAUUCUCCGACAAUCCACAUACUCGACCGCCAGAUUCGGUCUGUACAGCAUUCUCUCUCGUCAACUACAACAAAGGACGGGAAACCCCAAGUUGUCCACCACUUCUACCAUAGUUUGCGCCGGCGUAGCGGGAGGGUUGGCGGGUAUGGUUGGGAAUCCGACAGAGGUCGUCCUCGUCCGGAUGUGUGCCGAUGCGGCUAAACCGAGUGCAGAGCGAUUCCGUUACUCAGACGCCAUAACCGCCUUGUGUCGAAUCACCGAGGAAGAAGGAUUGAGGGUUUUCGGGAGGGGGCUGUCUGCCAACGUUGUCAGAAGUGUGCUCAUGAACAUCUCGCAGAUUGCGCCUUACUCUGCGGCGAAGCGAAUCCUCCUGUCGCGCACCCAGCUCCGCGACGACAUCCGAACCCACGCGCUGGCUUCGCUCUUUGCUGGAACAGUAGCCACGACGGCCUGCGCGCCGGCUGACGUCCUCAAGAGUAGGAUACAAAGCGCGUCCAAGGGAUCAAGUGUGCUGCACGUCGUCCGUGAUGGACUGAGCAAAGAAGGACCCGGAUUCCUCAUGAAAGGGUGGACGCCCGCUUGGCUCAGACUGACGUACGCCGGCUUCUUUUCCCUCAUCGCGAUGAUCGGCUGA